AGUUUGAGGCGGCAUCCGAGCGCUGAUUGGCCAGUCGCACCUCGAACUCCAGCUCUUAUUGAUUCGUUUGCUGCGGAGCUAACGUUCACUCUCCCUUUCUGGGUUACUGUAGUUAUAUCAGCUACAUCUCCCAAACACAACCGCAGCCUCUUUUUCUACUCUUCUUCUUCUAUUUUGAACAACACCAAAACGCAGACACAAUGACGGAGGCGGAGGCGUUGGAGAAGAAACAGCAGCAGCACAAGGCGAGCAACGGAAAUGUUCUUCCAGAGGCCCCCAGAGAAGACAUGUUUGAUCACACAUACAAAGAGAAAGAAGGCCCCAAACCUCCCUCGGUCAUCGUAUGGAAAAAUGUCUUUAUGAUGACUCUGUUGCAUAUAGGAGCCGUGUACGGCAUGUGCCUCGUCCCCUCAGCAUCUACUUUGACCUUGCUUUGGUCCCUAUUUUGUUUUGUGAUAAGUGCUUUAGGGGUUACUGCAGGAGCUCAUCGCCUCUGGAGUCACAGAUCCUACAAGGCCUCAUUACCUCUAAAGAUCUUUCUUGGUGUUGCGAACUCAAUGGCAUUUCAGAAUGAUAUCUAUGAGUGGGCUCGAGACCACAGGGUUCACCACAAAUAUUCCGAGACGGAUGCUGACCCUCACAACGCCGUCCGGGGGUUCUUCUUCUCUCACAUUGGCUGGCUGAUGGUCCGCAAACACCCUGAUGUCAUCGAGAAGGGACGCAAGCUGGAAGUCCAUGACCUGUUGGCCGACAAAGUUGUAAUGUUUCAAAAGAAGUAUUACAAGGCUUCUGUGCUGCUCAUGUGCUUCUUCGUCCCCAUGUUUGUGCCUUGGUACCUGUGGGGGGAGUCUCUGUGGGUGGCCUACUUCGUCCCCGCUCUUCUGAGGUACACCUUGGUCCUGAACGCCACCUGGCUGGUGAACAGCGCGGCUCACAUGUGGGGAAACAGGCCCUAUGAUCACCACAUCAACCCCAGGGAGAACAAGUUUGUUGCGUUCAGUGCCCUAGGUGAGGGAUUCCACAACUACCACCACACGUUCCCCUUUGACUAUGCAACCAGUGAGUUUGGCAUCAAAUGGAACAUUACCACUGGUUUCAUCAACACCAUGUGCUUCUUGGGCCUGGCCAAAGACCGCAAGAGGGUGUCCCACGAAGUGGUGGCGUCCCGGAUACAGCGCACCGGAGACGGAAGCCCCCGGAGUGGCUAGGAUCGUCGAGUCAGCUUCGAAGGCAGAACAACCGAAAAGAAGAAGAAGAAGAAGAAGAAGAAGAAGAAGAAGCUUCACAGUCCUUUGACAGCUAUACAUUUCUCAUCCUUUGAGGAUAAUAGGUCAUCGUCAUGAGGGCCCUGACCAGAUUUUGCUUGUUUUUGUGGUUUUUGUAGCUGUAACUUAACAAAUUGUUCAAGAUGGAUAAAAAAAAAAAACACCUUUCGCUAA